AUGAGCGGGACCGUUACCGAUGUCCGUGACGUCCUCGGCAUCGACCCAGGAGCACUCGAACCACGCCAACCACCACUCAAGAAGCAACGAACCGUCGAAAAACGUCCAGACGGUAUAACCCGUGAACUCUACGCGCUUCUCGGCGAAAACGCACCCCCCGUUGCCGUUGUCGAACAUAGAUUCAAAGAUAAACCCAAGUUUCUGGGAUCCGUUGCACCUUGGAGAGAACAGACUUUUAAGAAUCCAGCACGAAAGGAUGGAUUAGAAUUAAAACACUGGGUUAGGCAGAGUUCUCUGCAGGAAACUUCUGGUGGUGGUAUAGAUGGGGACCAAGAAGGAGGAGGGCAACAGACUUUACCAUUGGAUUAUCAGUUUGCGAAGUUUAACAUCAGUGUCAACCUUUUGGAAUACUCGGACGCGGAGUACGACGCCGUUUUGAAGGAUGACGACUGGUCGAGACAGGAGACGGAUUAUCUGUUCAGGUUGAUAAAGGAAUACGAUCUGAGAUGGGUUGUUAUUGCCGACCGAUUCGAAUUCGAGGGGAAGGAUAGGACGAUGGAGGAUUUAAAGGCAAGGUAUUAUUCUGUUUGUAGGAACGUGAUGGAGAUGAGAACUCCUGUCACGAUGAUGUCAGCGGAGGAAGGUGCUUUAUAUAGUGCCAUGCAUUAUAAUAAAGAGCAAGAAGUGGAAAGGAAGAGGAUCGUUCAGAUGCAGCUUUAUAGAACACCAGCGGAGGUCGAGCACGAACAGCAUUUGAUCGCGGAAUUGAGACGGAUACAUGAUAGUCACCAACAGUUACUCGAGGAGAGAGAGGAGUUGUUCAACAGACUGGAUUACCCACAGUCUACCGGUUCGAUUGCAGCAUACCAAGGAUCUCAGGGUCUCGCUACACUCGCUCAGAACAUCUUGAACACCGACAGAAAUAAGAAGAGGAAGUCUAUCGUCGCACCGCCAGGACAACCCGCGGAGAAGGAAGAACCUCCUGCUAAAGCUACACCAGCUGCCGCCGCCGCCGCCGCCGCCGCCAGCCCAGCAGUCUCGCGGCAAGGCAGUAUCGCCGAGCCCGCAAGAGCCCACGGACACCAGCGGAAUGAGUCGACAGCAAGUGCCUCGGCCCCGACACCACUGAAGGACAAGAACAAGAGCAAUAUCAAACAACUCUCCAAAGCCGAAGAGGCACAAUACAACCUUUCUCAUCAUGAGAAACUCCAACCUGGAGUUUUCUUCCGAACCAUGAAGAUGAACUUGCCAAAAGCUAAUUCCUUUAUUAACAAGAGUCCAGCUAUCAUGGCCGAGCUUAAUAUUCCGCAAAUAUUAUCGAUGCCCACAUCAAAGACCUGCGCUAAAUACGAAGUUCUUGCAAAGGAAAUUGCUGCAUUGAUGGAUAUUAGGAAGCAACUUGAGAAGGUUGAACAAGAGACUAGGAUUUUUAAGACUCAAGAGGCCAUGGGAGGCGAUCGGUCGAAGCGUAGUGCUAGCGUUCUCAGCGAUGUAUCAAGGUCUUCGAAGCGUCCGAAGAAAGAAAAAUAA